GGGAAUUCGCUACGGGCCCUGUCAGGUGUGGAGAUGGUGUCUCUGGGGGGAUGAAGGGCAGGGACCAUGGGGCUGGGGUGUCUCCUCAUCCCCCUCCUCGUCCUCGGGGUGGCCGGUUCCCGGCUGCAGAUAUUCACAGAUCCCUCCUCCCGGGCCCUGCUGGGCUCUGGGGCGCUGCUGAAAUGUCGGUUCGACGUCGGGGGGCCGGUCGAUCUGAGCUCCCUGCGGGUUCAGUGGUAUCUGUGGGAGGAGAGGAUCGCGCAGUACGACCAGGGCAGGGGAGAAUCCCAGCCCGGAGCGAGCGUGUCGCAGCAGGAGUUGGAGAACGGGAACGCAUCCCUGUCGCUCUCCAGUGUGUCGGUGUCGGAUGAGGGGCUGUAUAAAUGUGUCGUUGGUUACGGUACGGAGCAGCUGCAGGAAGAGACGACCCUCCGUGUGCUCGCUGCUCCCAGACUCUCCAUCCCCCGGCGAGUGGUCAGGACAGACACAGCGACCUCCUUCCCCUGCCACGUGUGGGGAUUCUACCCCGGGGACGUCACCGUCACGUGGCUGAGAGACGGGCGGGUUCUGACCGACACCACCCGCUCUGCCCCCCAGAGGAACCCGGACGGGACCUUUAACCUCACCCUGACCUACACCUUCACCCCCACCAUGAGCGACUCCGGCAGCAUCUUCUCCUGCCACGUCACCCACUCGGCUCUGGCCCAGCCCCUGCGGGAGGAGUUCCCCCUGGCUGUCACAGGUGAGGGGUGUUGGGUUCCCAGCUGGAUGUUAUGGGCUGAAGGGGGCACUCAGUUGAGUCCAACAUGGGACCCCAGCAGAGACCCAUGCUGGUACAUGGGGGAAUAUUGGGGCACGAGAGCCCCCUACUCCGUCUCCGAGGUGCUGGGGCCGGCACGGUGUCUCCUGGGACAGGAGGUGACCCUGAGCUGCUCCAUGGAGGGGACGUUCCCCGAGGACACGGCUGUGACGUGGGAGCGGAUACACGGACAGGACAGGACGGUGAUCGGGACAGACGGGGUCAGUGAGGCCGGGGAGGGGCCUGAGCACCAGCUGCUGUUACACCCCCAGCCCCAGCGCUGGAGAGCGACACAGGAGAGAUCUCCUUGUAAGGAGAGAUCAGGGACCUGCCUCGCGGCCUCCCUGAGCUUCACCCCCACGGUGCAGGACGAAGGGGCGCGGGUCAGGUGCAGCUUCCACCACGAGGCCAGCGGGAUCCGAGAGCAGCGAGAGUCCGGGGAGAUCCGGCCGUGGGCCCGGCCGCAGGUGUCCGGGAUCCAGGUGUUACCGCACUGGGAGCCCCGGGAGGAGGUGCCGUUUGCCGUCCAGAUCCAGAACUUUUACCCCAGGGGGAUUCCCUGGAUCCAGUGGAGCUGGGACGGGGCAGAGAGCGGGAGAGACGAGACACCGGAAAUCAGCCAGAACCCGGAUCUCACGUUCAGCGCUACCAGCGUCUGGAGACUCCCCAGUGACCAAAUCACCCGUCCGGGAUUUACAGUCACCGUGUCCGUUCAGCAAAGCCCCCAAGAGCCCCCGAUCGAGAGAGAGAUCAGAGCCGGGGACACAGGUCUCCUGCGGCCCCCGGAGGUGUCGGAAAUCUCCCAACCCCAGUCAGUGACGGCGGGGGAGGAAAUCACCCUGAGCUGCCGCAUGACGGGGCAUUUCCCCGGGGCGCUGAGUGUGACCUGGCUCAGGAGGGGCCGGGGGGCCGGGGCUGCUGUUCGUAUACUGAACUCUGCCGAGUACAGAAUCAACCCCGGAGCUCCCCGCACACAGGACGGGAAAAGCUUCCAGCAGGAGACGAGACUCAGCUUCACCCCCUCGGUGCAGAGAGACCAGGGGGCCGAGUACGUCUGCCGGGUGGGACAUGUCACCCUACAGACCCCCCUGGAGAUUGGCAGCGGGGAGUUGCAGGUGACAGCCCGUGCACAGGUGUCCGGGAUCCAGGUGUUACCGCACUGGGAGCCCCCGGAGGAGGUGCCGUUUGCCGUCCAGAUCCAGAACUUUUACCCCAGGGAGAUUCACCGGAUCCAGUGGCGCUGUGACGGGGCACAGAGCGGGAGAGACGAGAGCCCAGAAAUCAGUGAGAACCCGGAUCUCACGUUCAGCGCUACCAGCGUCUGGAGAAUCCCCAGCCAGAGACUGACCCGUCCGGAGCUCAACAUCGUAGUGUUCGUUCAGCAAAGCCCCGAAGGGCCUUCGAUCAAGAGAGAGAUCAGAGCUGGGGACACAG